AUGGCCUGGCUGUCCGCUUCAGACCUCGUAAUCCCCCGUUCCAAAAAUCCAAAGCUCAAGGUCAUGCUUCGACUCGUCCGCAUGUUCUGGACAUUCCUAUCAUCAGCCGCAAUGCACUACUGCGGCUCAUACAUGCUGCCGGGCCCGACAGAGCCGAGCAGGGAACUCUCCUUUUUCGUUCUGCAGGGAGUGGCUGUCAUCCUGCAAAUUGCUGUUUGCGAUCGACUGGUUAGCAAAAAGCAGUACCGUCGCGUCUUCAACCCACUGCUGGUGGCGACAUGGCUCUUCUGCACGGAGCCGCUCAUCUUUGAGGAUCAGAGGAAUGAGGGAAUGUGGCGCUUGUCCUGA